AUGGGGAGGAACUCGACAGAGGCAGCGCGGCGGGAGACGAUCGACCUCGAGGAUAUAAGCGCACACAUCCGGGCCUCGCACGGGGGUGCCGCCGCUCCGACACGGCCGUGGUCGCGGCGGACGGACGGGACGACGGAUUUCUACGGCGCACGGCAUAGCAUCGACAGCGCGAGGACGGACGAUAUCAGGGACUGGCCGCGAUACGCCAAGAUGGAGAAGGCCGGGUCCGCGUUCCCGUCGCCGCUGGGGACGAGCGUCUCGCAGACGAACUUCCUGCACCCGCCGACGCCGGACGCCAUGGACAGCAGCGCCAGCGCGGCCUCGUUCGACCGCAAGCGCGACGAGUUCAACGACACGAUACACCUGACGUCGAACGCGCCGCCGGGGGCCGAGGGGGGCAAGGCGGGCGGCAGCAGCUUCCUGUGGUGGACGUGGGCGCUGUGGCUGCUGGGCGCGCUGAUGGUGACGCUGACGGGGCUGUACUCGACGGGGUCGGCCAAGGCGCUGAUGAAGCAGAGCUUUUUCGUGGCGUCGCCGCAGAACUCGAUUCUGCUGCUGCGCGUGCUGACGGAGCUCUGCGCGGUGGUGUUGGCGGCGCUGGUGGUUGUCGUGGUGGAGGAUCUGCAGUGGGCUCUGGCCUCGAGGCCUGGGGGUGUGAGCUUAUUGCACUUUGUCGGAUUGGAUUCCGGGACGGGGGUGUGGGGGCUGUUGAGGCUUUUGGCCACGGCGGAUUGGAAGGAGAAGUAUUCGAGUUUGUUUCGGUUGUUGGUCAUUUGCUCGAUUCCCCUACCUGGUAUCAUUCUCAUGGGCGCCAUCUCCAUCGAAAUGGUCACUUUCCCCGAGAAGACCUACCCAGUAUCUGCCGGCAUCGGCCCCUUUAAUGCCUCUAAUGUCUAUCAUGUCCGAAACUCCACGGCGACCGCUUUGCUGGUGCAGAUGGGCAGUCCCGCGUGGUCCGACCGAGACUCCUUCUCUCUGGACCCCCUGACCAAGGGCGUCGGGAAGUGCACGGGGCCGGACGGCAACUGGGCUCCGUGUGAUGAGUCGCAUCUCCUCACCGGCGGUGUCGUCGCCAUUGCUCCGCAAACAGACGACCUGAAGCAGCUCCCGGGGUCCGCCUCCUACGUUGUUCCCAAGACGAGAGUCGUCCAGCUCGAGUACGGAAAGGUGCCGGAUCUCGAGAACCUCCGCAAGACCGGCAAGUGCUUCCUUCUCGGAGCCGCCAGCGCCGCGUCUUACUGGUGUGCCAAGACCGGCGACAACAACGCACUCCUUUUCGGCUCCGCAUACUGCCCAAUCUCCAUGCAGGCCACGAGCUCCUGCAUCAACGACACAACCUGGACCAGCAAGCUCGAAAUCUCCUCCUCCCUCUUCGUCUACUCGCGCCUCGCCACCAUCACCUACGACCGCGGCAACUUCUCCAUCCUCGCCGUGACCGACAUGACGCCCGCCAAGCAGGACAUCAUCACCCUCGACGACUACAUGCUCUCCCUCUCCGCCGUCGUGCCCGGGUUCAACGCGAGCAGCAGCCAGGACGCCACCAAGGGCGACAACUCGGCCCUCGCAAUCUACGCCGUCACCGCGCUGCCCAUCAACGACUCCGAGGUCGCCAAGAAGCAGUCCCUCAAGGCCAUCCGCAAGGCCAUGUCCGUGCCCUUCCACUACUUCCACGCAAACUACUUCUCCAACGGCCCCUCCAUCUGGGAGCUGACCGGCCCGCGCGAGGGCCUGCCGGCGGACAUGUACACCGACCUCUCCAUCUCCGUGCUCAGCCACCAGGUCGUCGCGGGGAAGGUCAGCAGGGUGCUGUUCGUGCUCGUCAGCAGCACGAUUCUGUGCCUGUCGGCGGCGAUUAUCGUGGCGACGUCGCGGGUGUGCGAGAAGAGACCGGAGCGGUGCGGGUAUCCGACGCUCGACUUUGCGGCGGUGUGCGCCGUCCGGGGGAUGCAGCCGGCGCCGGCGGGGUGGGACCAGGAGAGGCAGGACGGGACGGGCGGCCCCGGUGCUGGUCCCGGAGGUCCCGGCGCCGGCGGACACACGCUGCACAAGAGCCUCACGCAGCUGGGGCAGAAGCCGAAGCCGUUUGACGUUGCGAAGAAUAUCAAGAACGACCGCGUAAUAAUCAGUUAA